AUCAUGCAUUGGACAGGUGGCUUUAAAAUCGCACUUUUACCUCAUUAGCUCUGACAUGAGAGCCCUGUUUUUUCUUUGUCCGUAACCAUUGUGUUGUCCAUACCCUUAAGUUUGAGCUAACUGUACAUCGGAUUUCCGAUGCAAUGAACGGUCUCAUUCUCGUUUACGAUCAUUAGCAAAACCGCACCCAAGGCCAAUAGUAAGGUCAUAAAGAUCCAGUAAGGUCACGACGAGACUGGAAAGUGAUGUAGGAAGCAUCCUUCGAGUCACCCUGAUUACGACCAAGAUCAUUUCAGGCCCUUUGAACUCUUGUCAUUGCCACCAAAUCAAGAAGCUCAAUCAAGUCUUCAAGACAUCCUUGAACUAAUCCCCGAGGAGUGCCUUGAACCGUUGGACUUUUCCGGGCAAAAAGCCCCCUGCGGUCCCAGGGGUGGUUGGUUGCUGACUCACACUCCUGGGUGUUCAAGUGUUCUCUCAUUGAUACUUGCUUAGAUUCAAGCUCUUUCAAAGCUCGACAGACUGUCAUUAUUCCAUCUGAGCCAAGCUCCAUUUUCUGCGUGAAAACCAUGCGAGUGCAAUUGCGUUGCUAGAAAGAUAGGCCAGCUAGAUCUCUUUGUGAUCGAUCCCUCGCAGCCUUUAUAACCACCGUUGAUCAAUCCAUUGGCCAAUCCAAUAGUCAACCACCAUGGACAAGCCCAAUGAGAGAGAAGUGGAAACCUCUGGAGCUGAGGAGACCAAGGCCGACGAGAAGGUUCAGGGCUCGAGUCCCGUGCGGUCGGAGCCCAAACCUGAAGAGGCCCCUGAGGGCGAAUCCCUUGCCAGUGAUGAAGCUCAAGUAGAGCAAGAAGCCUCUGGGUUGGAUUGGUGGGGUGGGGGAUUGAGUAGCUGGGUCAAUCCUAAGACCUUGGAAAAGGCCAUGACCUCAGUGAGCUCCGUUACCAAUUCAGCAGUCCAAGCGGCCAAAGAACGGUCCUCGGAAGUCUAUGGAUUUGUGGCCAAGGACCUGAGUGAAGUAUCAGCUACCGCUACCAGUGCGGUUGGAUCCACGGCCACAACGUUGAAGAAGUCAUUGGAGUGGGAUUGGUAUUACUGUGAUCCAAACAUGUAUUCGGAUGUGGACAUUCCUGUUCCCGUUUUCGAAACCAAAGAGUCUGAGGAGGCUCCCAUCAACGAGAAUGAGGAGUUUGACGAGAAGACCGAUGUUCUUGCUGACAAAGCUGUGGAUUCCAUGAAGAAGUCGGUUUCCUCAUUUUGGAGUUAUGCCUCGGGAUAUGCCAAUCAAAUGUUCGUCCAAGACGAUCUUGAGGCCGAUGCUAUUCUAGUGCGAGGUGACAAUCCGGUACUAUUGGACCGCCUGCAAGCCCAACUUCACGCUCUGGCUUCGGAUCCGGGCACUUUUGAGGCGGAUCCCCAUCCAAAAGACAAAGUUCAGUGGGACGAAUGGGCGUGCGACUUGGACAAGCGACAAGGUGAAAUCUCUGACCUGAUGGUGAACAAUCCUGAUAUUCGACAGCACUAUACGGCCAUGGUCCCGGAAAAGGUGUCGCACAAACUCUUUUGGCGACGAUACUUCUUCAAAGUCCAUCUGAUCGAAUUACAAGAAGCCAAACGACAAGCCUUAAAGAAGCGCGCCGAGCAGACUCAACGAGAAUCCGAAUCUGGCAUCAAUUGGGAUGAUGUGGACGACCUAGUGCAGACAGAAAUCUCAGAUGAAGUGCAAGAUAAGCUCCUAGCCGACUAUGAAAAAGAGAUCACUUCGAAGAAGCCUUCAAAGCAGGAUUCCUUGAGUGAAGAAAUGGCCAAGGCUACCAUUCGUUCCGACCGGAGUUCUCCUGAAGAGAAGGAGAGCAAUACAUCCGAUGAUUGGGAGAAGCUAUCCAGCGGAGAGAAAUCACCGAAAAAGAGCGCCGGGAAAGAGGAUGACGAAUGGGAAGAACCUUGAGCCCUAGAAAACGACUAGAAUCUAAGGAUAUUGUUUGAAAAACCAUGCCUCUAUAUAUGAAAGAAAAAGCUCUGUGAUACUUUCCAAUCAUGGGCUGGUUUGGACCCUCUAGGAUAAAGAGCUCCGAAGACUCGAGACGACAAACAAACUGACGUUUUAUCAUUUCUUAUCCCAUUUGUCUUAUUUUAUGCAGAUGUCUUAAUUUUGUGGGAUCACACUUACCUUGAAAGUUUUGUACAAUAAACAUGAAUGGAGCCCAA